UCUCUGGAGGAUGUCCAGUCGCCUUGAGUGACGAGCACAUCACAACCCGGCUGCCCUACGGCGGCGGUGAGGUUUCUGACUUGUCUGAGGGUGCCGGCCUGGGGCGAGUUAGUCACCCAAAAGAGCGGCAAUUCCUCCUCGACCUCCAAGUCUGCAUCAUGAAGUCCGAGAUCCAGGCAACCCAAUUCUUCGAUCGCCCUGUUCCUAGUCAUUCAGGCUCACAUGAAGACUGGGUCCAGCAAAUGGAUCUCAGGACACAACGUCUCUCUCAAGGAGUAUCGACGCAAGGAAACUCGCACUCAUCGCUGGUUGCUAAUUGCCUCCAAUGCCAAAUCAUGUUACACCGGCCUUGCUCCCGUAACAUCGUGGUUUCCGAAUCAUCUGUAGUAUCCGUGGUGAAGGCUGCCAUCGAGCUGAUAUCACUGGAUGCGAAAGCAACCGAGUCUGGCGGUAUUGUCAUGGUAUUUGAAAUCGGCAACAGAAUAUUCCAAGCUGGCAUGCUCUUGCUUUACGCUCUUCGAAACCACGCUACAAAGUUACAGCGUGCCUCACUUGCAGAUAUUGCCACCACCUCGUUGAAUAAUAUCUCAGCACUCCUCACCAACCUCUCGAGCAGAUGGCCACCCCUAUCAGACACAGCAAGCUACAUCAACGAAAUCAUCGACACCAACCUACGCAACCCACUCGGCCAUAACGGAAGCCACUACGACAUGCAAGUCCUGGAAGAAAUCGACUGUCUAGUGACCCAGCGGCGAAUCCACAGCAUCAGCCACCGAAAUAUCCCCUUUCCGCCUCCAAAGAAACCCGCGCCGCCUCCUUCCGAACCAGAAAACGUGGGCAAAGACUUUCUGAGUGACGAACAAUGGUGGACAGACUUCAUAGACCAAGACUUUGUCACCAACCAAAGCUGCUUCUCGCUUCCCCCCGGCGGCGGGCAGACCGCCUCUUCGCCUUCCCGAGACCCUAUCGGAACGAGGGCUGAGCUUGCGCAAACACCCAGUGAGAACAAUUCAAGCGACUUGGAAAAGGAACUAGAUGUCAUCCUAGAUGCAAUCCCCUCUUGCAGCUUUUGUAGGGAUAGACGGACAAAGUGUCAGCGUCAACUCCCUGCUUGCAAGGAAUGCGCGAGGACCUCGCGAGAGUGCUUCAUUUUUGACCCGAUUCUGAAGGCAAACAUUCCACUCCGACGUGUGCAACUUCUCAUCGAGGAGCUGAAGGUUCUGGCAAAGCAGAUACCAUCACCUUCACGGUCGUUGGACAAUACGCAACAACCACCAGCUACCGGGAAUCCCCUAUUCAUGCCUCUCCAAGGGGGCGCUCCUCUGCUUUCUGAUGCCGCAUCAUCUAUCUCUUUACCUAGCACCGUAUUCUUUGGCCCUUGGUCCUCUCUCGGUUGCCUGCGAGAUCGGCUUCAACACAAACCAGGCUACGAAGUACCGUCGGCCCUACCCGCUGCUACAAGGGACACAAUUCUCACUUUUCAAAGCCUCAUCUCCUUCCAACCUUUACCAGAAAGCCUAGCUACUCCCAUCUUCAACCUCUUCAGCCGCUCAAUAAACACCUUCUUCCCAAUCUUCCAACCCCAAAUCCUCAACAACAACCUGAACGCAUACUACCACCCAAACGCUACUCCUCCACGCCCUCACAAUACCCCUCUCUUCAACCUAAUAAUCGCCCUCGGCGCCCAAAUCGGCAGCAAAUCUACACCCUCGCUCUAUGCCCUCGCAGAGCAUCACUUCCAAAACGCCAUAGUCUCCCUCCCAGUGACUUGUGCCCACGCCUCCCGCGCCGACAACCUCAGUUUAUUUCAACGAACCCUCCUCAUCUGCGUCUACACACUCCUCGAACCCAGCGCAGGUGAUGUCUGGCGACACCUAGGCUUCGCCAUCCGUCUGUUUCUCGACUUGUCCCAUCGGCCGUCGAUGGAGGAGGAUGAGGACCAUGGGGUAUUUUGCAUGCUUACUAGGACUUUGUACACUUUGGAGAGGUAUGUUCACUCACUCGAGCAUUAAGACUCAUAGAACAAGAGGCUGAUGGUUCUAUGAAGUCAUGUUUCGAUUGCUUUUGGUCGACCAAGUCUACUAGUCAUCGGAGACGAUCUCCGUCGCGUACGUCUCCAACACA